AUGGAUUUCCUCAUCAUUCAUCUACAACACGAUCUACAAGAACAAGGCAAAACAGUUUUACAAGACUUUCUCUCACUAAUGCCGUGUAUAUAUGUGUACCUCAAGGACCUACAAGUAAAGACAGUCCAGGACGAAUUCGCCAAGGCAUCGGAGUACGGAAGCCCGUUUUUCAUGUACAGUAAACGACAGAUCGGUGAUAAUGUCCGGUCGUACGUGGAGGCAUUGCAAAGACACGACCUUCCCUAUAUUCUUGGUUAUGCGGUGAAGGCAAACAAUAAUCUGACGAUUCUUCGAAUACUGAGAGACCUGGGAUGUACGGCUGUGCUGGUCAGCGGUAACGAACUCAAGCUAGCAAUGCUGGCGGGCUUCAGUACAGAUAAACUCGUCUUCAACGGCAACGGUAAGACGCAAUGGGAAAUUGAGUUGGCCGUCACGCAUGACGUCAUGAUCAACGCUGACUCGCUGUUCGACAUCGACCAUAUCAGCAGCGUUGCCAGGCAACUAGGGAAGAAGGUGAAAAUGCUCUUAAGAAUGAACCCGGACAUUGAUCCGGAAGUACAUCGAUACUUGGCUACUGGGUCCGCUGUGUCCAAAUUUGGAAUACCGGAAACUGAUCUUGAUACAGCCCUUGGGAAAGCCGGAAGUGACGACAACAUCGAUCUCGUCGGUCUGCACUGUCAUAUUGGGUCCACCAUAACAAACAUCGAUGUGUUCAGGGCUACUGUGUCAGCUAUGCUGCGAUACAAUAACCACGUUCAGGGGCGAGGUUUCCGGUUGAAAUAUUUAAAUGUAGGUGGAGGACUCGGAAUAAAUUACAGAAAAUAUAUCCAGGGUGGAUCUCCAGGCAUACCAAGUGGUGGCGAACUAAUCGAUUCUAUCGCUGAUAAAAUAAAGGAAAGUGGUCUAUGUUUGAUACUAGAACCAGGGCGAUCUAUCAUAGCGAGUGCGGGUAUAUUGGUUAGCAAGGUAAUUGGAAUAAAACGUAAUGAGACGAGAAGUUUUCUAGUCAUCGAUGGUUCGAUGACUGAAGUAAUGAGACCGUGUCUGUACGGCGCUUACCACCACAUACAACUGAUAGAACCUGUCAAGACGUCAGGGACACGUCGUUACAGCGUGGUGGGACCUGUAUGUGAAUGUGGUGAUUAUCUAGCGGAGGACAUCGAACUGCCGAUACCGCAUGAAGGAUGCGGCUUGGCGAUACGGGAUGCUGGUGCUUACUGCGCGUCUAUGUCUUCAAAUUACAAUAUGAGGGUACGUACCAUCUGA